AUGAAAUUUCACUCGAUUGUCUUCACAUUUUCACUCGUUUUGAGUUCACUGGCGUUGUCGAUACCAUGGGUGUCUGACCACAUGGUCCAGCAUCUUUUUGCCGACCCUUCAAUCAGUAAAGGUCCUGAUGUAGAUCUCGUUGGGCUACAUAAGCAUUUGGUCAGCAUCAAAUCUCUUUCGGGCUAUGAACAAGAAGUAGUAUCGUGGUUGGCCGAUUAUCUAGCCAGUAGGGGUCUUACUGUGGAGUUGAACAAGGUCGAGGACGAAACUGAACGUUACAAUUUGUAUGCUUAUUUGGGAACCACCCGCAACACUAAGGUUGUGCUAACUUCUCACUUAGACACAGUUCCCCCUUAUCUUCCCUACAAAGUUGAGGAAGGUGGCUAUAUCUUUGGCAGAGGAAGCUGUGAUGCUAAGGGAUCAGUUGCGGCACAAGUGAUUGCCUUCCUAAAUCUCUUGGAAGAGGGCUCCAUCAAAGAAGGUGAUGUCAGUCUUUUGUACGUCGUUGGUGAAGAGAUUGGAGGUGAUGGAAUGCGCACAGCUAGCAAGACCUUGGGUGCUAAAUGGGACACUGCCAUUUUUGGAGAACCUACCGAGAACAAGCUUGCCAUUGGACACAAGGGAAUUGCACUGUUUGACCUGAAGAUUACAGGAAAAUCCUGUCAUUCUGGAUACCCUGAGCUGGGAAUUGAUGCCGACGCUAUGUUGGUCCAGAUUUUGCACAAGUUGCUUUUUGAGACUUCUUGGCCUGUCAGUGAUUUGCUGGGAAACUCCACAGUCAACGCGGGACAGAUCAACGGAGGAGUAGCUGCUAAUGUUAUUUCUUCGGAAGCACAUGCCAAGGUUUUAAUCCGCGUGGCUAAAGACAUUGACGCUGUAGAGAAGCUGAUCUACGAGGCCAUUGCCCCCUUCGAGGAGUAUACAGACAUUACCUUUCACUCCAAAGAAGAUGCUACUUUCUUGGAUUACAAGGUUGAAGGGUUCGAGAACUACAUUGCAGCCUACAGUACCGAUGUACCAUUCCUAGUGACGGGCUCCAAUUUGACCAGAUAUUUGUACGGACCAGGAAGCAUCAUGGUGGCUCAUGGGCCUGAUGAAAUGGUCAAGGUUUCAGACCUGCAGGAUAGUGUUGACGGAUACAAGCGAUUAGUCUCCGUCUCACUUUAG